AUGUCUGUUACUGUACUAUUUGCAUUUCUCGUAAUAACGAAUGUUCAAUGCGAGAGGACAUGUCAAACAACAAUCAAUCUAAACCAGAAGUCAAAAUAUCAUAGUCAAAAUUUGCAAUCAUUUCAACGAUCACGAAAUGUUGCUGACCUUAUGAUUCUAAAAAAUCAGCACUCCAUUGAUCGUCAUGACCAAACAACUACGGAAUGCAACCCUAAUGAUAUAGCACCAACUGGCAGUGAUUGCACUGCCUAUUACGAAUGUAUCAGCGGACAUUAUGAACUGCAGUUCUGUCCACCUAAUACCUUCUUUAAUCCAGAGUUGAAGUGUUGUCAUGCGGAUUAUGUUUGUCCUAGUAGAGCGUAUGAAUUACCAACCGCUUCGCUACUACCUUGUGAGCAUGGUGAAGUGCGUGCUGAUGAAACCAACUGCGCCAAUUACUACUCCUGCGUUGGUGAUGGUGGUUAUUUCAAACAGCGCACCUGUCCCGAUGGUAAGGUAUUCAAUGGUACGUCGAAUCGAUGCGUGCCUGCUGCUCUUGGGAGCAGAUGUCAACGACCAGAUUCACAAAGCUUUGAAUCUAGAAAUAUUGCUGUGGGACUAUCGUGCACUGAAAGCAGUGACCCAUCAGGCUAUAGUGCUGACCCGACCGACUGUCGACGAUAUUAUCAAUGCGCACAAGGUCGGUGGAUUAGGAUGAAAUGCCCCAGCAAUUUGGUGUGGAAUUCGGCAGCAACAGUUUGUGAUUGGCCUCAAAACACAUUACUUCCCUGUCACUGA